CGUGAUCUCCAAAACUCCGAUCGAUCGGCUCGCGGCGCCGCUCAUGGAAACCCUACGGCCGGUUGCGACGGCGACGGCGACGCUGCCUUCCGGCGUUCCGCCGCCGGCGGCGGCGGCGGCGGCCAGAGGCUACCCAGGGUGGGUGAUGCUCAUGCCCUACGCCACGGCCGAACGCGAGGUCGACGACUCGGAGUACUCCACCUCCAACUCCGGUGGAGCCAAGAUCACCGGGGCGGCCUCCCGCUCCUCGUCCGGCCAUCUCGUCCGCGUCUCCCUCCGCCUCGAGUCGCCACCGGCGGCGUCGGGGCUAAGCUUCCACUGCUCACCGUGCGGCGGCUCCGGAUACGGAGCUCAUCAUUACCGGCCCUCGAUGUACGUCGUCGCUGCCCACGGCGACUCCGUGCUCCUCGAGAUGCAUUACCAGAAGGAAGGGUACCAACAAUACGGGAUCGAUUACUUCUUCUACAAUGCCGGCGACGGCGACGAGGACCCACCACGGCGGCCGCCGUCGUUGUCGCUCUCCCGACUUAUCAGGGUACCAAUACCAAGCCGCCCCGGCUGCGUGGAGGUAGCACCGGCCUCCUCGUGCGCCGCUGCGGCGACGACGACGACGACGAGCUCGUGGUGGCGGCGCUCCUCACCGAGGAGUACCGCAGGCGCGACACGCUGGAGGGCGCCGAGCUCGUCGUGCUCCGCUCCGGCGAGUGGAGCGCCACGCCGAUCGCGCCGAUCGUCCACGACGACGGCAAGGGCGAGGAGCUCUCCUACUGGGAGACCGACAUGGCCGUCCCCGUCGGCGACCGGCUGCUGUGCUACGUCGACCUGUACCGCGGCGUCAUCCUCUGCGGCGACGACCUGUUCGACGAAAUUCCCCCGCGGCUGCAGUACGUGUCGCUCCCCGUGGAGGCCCCCGCCGGCGCGUUCGACGAGGAGCACUUCGACCGCCAGGGCGACAACUAUCGGCGUUGUCUGCUCAACAGCUCAAAUUCGUCGACAUCUCCUCCCGCUGCUGCUGCGGCAGCCUGGGCAAGCACACCACCUGCGACCGUUCGAGCCGCGCCUUCGUCAUCAGAACCUGGACACUGAGGAUCGACGGCGACGGCGACGACGACAUGGCGUGGACCAUGGACGCCAUGAUCGACGCCGCCGAGCUUGGUCCCUCGACGCCUACUCCGCCCUCCCACGGAGCUUUCCACUACACCCCAUAGUGAGCAUGGAUGAUCCAAA